CUAGGAGUUGUGCUCGGGAGUUCACCGUGGCAGGACGAAUCACACGGAGCCAUGCAGCCAUACACAGCAGACAGCAGGCAGGCACACACACGUCCAUAGGAAGGUCUACACAAGCAGAGAUUUGGAAGGUGCCAGGUGUGCGUUUGCAAAAACCUUCCCGGGUGAGAUAACAGAUUCUUCCAAAACGAAACAAAAAGAAAAAUCUAGCCCACACAAAACGGCAAAAGCCUGGCAGCGGUUUUUUUUUCCUGUGCUGGCACGUGUUGUUUGGCUCGAUUGUGAAAGUUUCGGCACUUGAUUUGGCAACAAAUCGAUCGAGCGUGGGCACACAAACUGUGGUACACACAAAAAACACGCUUAAAUCCUUAAUCGAUAAGGUGAAAAUGUGAAAAUCAAGGAUCUAGGAAUGGAACGGUGUUGAACAGUGUUGCCGAAAGGAAGGAACGGCCUCUGUCCCGUGCGCGUGAAGAGAUGUACUUCAUCUCAGUGAGCGCGUUGCUGUAAUGGGCGAUGGGACAUCCCAGCGGCCAAACACGCCCGGUCGGGUUGACGCCGACCACCAGUGCCGUGUUUAGUGUUGUUUACGCGACGGUCGGUAGUGGUGCCGCAGUGCUCAGUGCUCUUGUGAGAACGUGUCCACAGUGUCUGUUUUGACUCUUUAAAGCUUCGACUUGCCCACAAUAAAUCGAGCAUCGAGGAUUAGGGCGACUAACUGGUCGCUGACUUUAUGGACCACUUGUUCGAAUCGCUUCCGAUUCAAUAUUGCCGCAGUCGCUAUCGCAAAUCGCUCUUGAUUGGCUGCCGCCCCCAUUUGUUGCGCCAAAGGAAGACGGGGGGAAUUUUAGAUAAAACCCAUCCAAACGACCAGUUGGACGCAGUUAGACAGAACUAGUGCUUUCGUGGUGCGUGUGUGGUCCUUGUUUGGAGUGUGUGUGAUAGUAAAGUUUUAGAUCUUGCUUGUCUCAGCAAAUCCCAAUCCCUCCUCGUGGGUGGUUUUUGGCUGGGUGGUACAAGUGUUGUUGGGAAAAUCGAAGAAAGACAGCAAGGACCGGCAAGCAGGGGACAAAAAUAAAUAAAAGUGUACCACCAGCAGUGGAUCGUGUGCGUUGUGCGUCACAUGCGUAACACGCGAAGCAAAAACAAAGCAAUUCAAAAUCGAAUCAAUGUGUACGAGCGCUGUUUUGACACACCAACACAGCACUGACACUGAAGACACCGAAAAGGAGAAAAAAAACGGGGGAGGAAAAUGUUAAAUUACCCCAUCUUUAACGAUUGAAAUCGUUUGCAGUGAAGCAAAACGCUGUCGACUGUUCGCUGCUCAUUACAAGUGUAGCGAGUGAGUCGGACAAAUAACGCAAACGGCGCAAAGUGAAGCAAAGUGAGUGAGAUAAAAAUAAAUCCUACCGUUUUCCACCACGCCAGGGUAUGCCAGUACAAGAUCACUUUUAUGACACAUCUCGUGCAAUCGCGUGAAGAGCAGAACAAAACGCAAACUCGAGGUCGUGAUUUCGUGUGUCGUCGUGGAACCAGCAAGCCGCAAGUGAUAUUUGAAAUAAAUUCGGUGUCACAUUUUAUUACCCAACCAGUGUGUUAAAGUGCGUGCGUGUGUCUGUGUAUGUUUAUAUUUAUAUGAGCGUUUGUUAUUGUUAUUUUCGCUGUGCUAACACACCGACCAGUUCCAACGCUUGAUCGCCGAGUGCAAGCAAAAAGCAAUCAAAAUUGCACGCAAACUCAUCAUGGCCUUACAGAAGAAGUUUUCCAGCAACGAUAUGGAGCUGAUAUCGAUCAACAAAGUUAAUAAUAAUGGCGGUGGCGGUGGCGGUGGAGCUGGUGGCAGCGGGCCACCGAGUGCCACCGAUCCGAACGGCAACGGGCUGUCGAGCAUUAUGAGCGUCGGUGGGAUCGGAGGGGGCAGCGGCAGCAACAACAACAGUGUGAAAAUGCCAUCGAAAAAGAUCCAGUUCAGCAAUCCCGAGUUUAGCAUUACGCCGAUCGAAACACUGCCGGGCAGCACGGUACGGCCAGCGCCGAGUCGGAGAAGGGAGGAAGCGAUCGUGAUGGCCAACCUUCGGAAGCGUGUCGCGGCCUGUGAUUUGAACAAAAACGUACGCAAACCGGGCGGCCCUGGUGGUGGUGGUGCUGCUGCUGCGGGGACUUCAGGUGUAAAUCUCGAUGACAUCAGCAUCAAUGACACAGGGCAAACGCAGGACGCGCUCGACAAUCGGCCCCUGCUGCCGAAAUCGACACCGACCGAACAGCGCAAGGACCGGUCGGGCGGCAAGCAGAACGGGACGGACGCUGCCGGAGCGUCGACCAGUGGUGGUGGUGGUGAAGACUCGCCCAAGGUAAAGAUCGUGAUGGACAAGGAGUUCAUCUUCGAGUGUCUGUGCUGGCACAACGAGUACCGGAUGCGGCACGGGGCGCCCGCGCUGAGCGUUUCGUCCGAGCUGUGCGAGUACGCGAAACAGUGGGCCAACCAUCUGGCGAGCACGAACGAGCUGUACUACCAGAGCGGCACCAACUAUGGGCAGAACAUCUUCUGCUGCCCUGCCAACAGUCUGCUGACGGACCUUUCUGGUCAGGAGGUGGCCACGUACUGGUACAGCACCAGCCGUCGGUACGACUACUUCAAGGAGCCCCAUCUGCUGCACACCAACGUCAACACCGGCCACUUCUCGCAGAUGGUGUGGCGGGCCAGCCGGUACUUCGGCGUCAGCAAGUCCAUCUCCAAAACGGGCAAGCUGUUCGUGGUCGCGUACUACUACCCGGCCGGCAACGUUAUGGGUGAGUUCCGACCGAACGUGCUGCCCCCGAUCGUGACGAACGAUCAGGAGGGCGGUCAGCAGCCGGCCCACACCCUGUCCCGGCCACCAUCCGCCAAGGAUCUGGAGAAUCUGAGCGCUUCCCACUGAGUAAAUAAGAAACGGUGUUCCAUAAUGUAACAGAUAACGCACUUCCUGAGCAAAGCGCUAGCCGAGUGGAUGAAGUCGGUCACGGUGUGGCGGGGCGGUGGUGCCGGGGGAUAAUGCUUCCCCGAACGCUGCCGGGAUGCCCCUUGCCCGCGCCGGCUAGAACACGAUGCUAAUGAGGCUCUUCGUCUGCAGCAGUUGUCGCGCACUUCUUCGAACGCAAAUCCUUCCGAAAGACUUCGUGCCAUGCACCUGAACCAUUCGGGAAGGUGUUUGGUGAUUGUUGACGCUAAUGAUUGGAUCACUGUGAACGCCCCGAGAGGAUCUUGAUCCUGCUCGGGAAGAGUCUUCCAUACUCUAUUCAUGCUUACGCUUCUGAAAAAAACUUCGAACUAGAACGUUCAAACACGUUAAAGAACUAUCUUCCAACAAGACGUCUUCUGAGUUCCAGCGUACUGAAAACCAAAUAUUAAUGAUAAAAAGGUUUAGAGCUCUUGUUUUCCGAGCUGGAAAAAAUAUUAUACUUUUUUGUAGAAUUUGUUGUUGACUUGCUGCAAAACAAGAUUUCCGCCUAAAAGUAGGCAAUAAGCGUUGCAAGAACAUGCUUUUAAGAGACAGAUAAAACGGUGUGGCUCACACUUUCUGCCACACAAGUUUUGUAAGUUGGAACACAAUUGAAAGGAGUUUGAACAUUGGAAAACUCACCCAAAAACGAAUGCUAACGCUUGAAGCGGAAAACGAUCGUUAAAGCUUUUCAGAAAGAUAGAACAGUUACGUAUAGUACUACUUCCGCUAGUUGAAAUGUUGCUUCCAGGUACGGUGCUUCCAAAGCCAGUAUAGCUGCCUGCAACAAGCAAGGCCCGCUAUCCAAAGCAAAUCAAUGUCUAGCUUACGCAAAACUAACAACAACUAAACCUUAGCCCAUCGGGAUCUGGAUCUGGACACACCAAAACCACACUGGUUGGUUGGUUGGUGGAUACCUCCAAGGAAAAUAGUUCACUCCGCUUCCGAAAGCUUUUAAACUGAGCUUUUUUUUUAAAACCAAACUCUGUGUGCAUUAAACAUUACGAGAAAGCAAUUGGACACCGUUUUGAAAUCGAAUCAAAAACCGUAACAGAAUAUUCUCCUUCCUCUCCCCCUCCCCCAGUUUCUACUAUAGAGUGUAAGGGAAAGCCGGCCGGCAGCUUAUGUGAAGAACGAACCAGAGUGAUGUGAAUAUGAUGCUUGUUGUGUGCGUGUGUGUGUGUGUGUGUUUGAGUGAUUGUUGAUACAUUUUUGUGUGCGCGUGCAAGAGAAGGCGUGAAUGGUAGAGUUUAAGGUGUAUAGAAUUAAUUAACAAAAAAAGAAGAAAAAAAACAUUGCAAAAACAUGACUCCACAAACGAGCGAUAACGAAGGAGCUAUUUAUAGAGAACCGUUUGUUUCCCAAAGAAAAGCAAACAACUGUGUGAGGUAGAGGUGACGAAGAAGAAAACAAAAACGAACGAAAAUUAUGAUCAUAAUGCUAGGAUUUAUUACUGAACCCCGAGAAGUGAUCGUUCGCACCGUGAUAAGAGAGCAGCUUCGUCUAAUUAUGGCUCCAAGAUGGGCCCAAAGCGACCCCAUUCCACACCCGUUCGCGUACGUUGGUUCAGGUUGCUGAAAAAUGGGAACUCUCUCGUACCACUCGGUUUGUUUUCUCGUACGCAAUCCUGCCCACGUCAUCCACGCCCGCAGUAACUGUCGAGCAGAGUUUUACGAGCAUCAAUUUUUCGAAUCAAGCUUCUUUUACUCUAUUUUUUGUUUUGUUUAAUUAAAUUUCUCUUGUCCCACCCAGGUAGGAAAAAAUCGUCGCCCAUCGUCGUCUGUGCGGGUGGUGCGAUUUGUGUUCUCGAACACAAGGUGCCAUUAAUUAUUCUUAUAAUUAACAUAAAUUCAUUAAACAAAUCAAAAGACGUGGGAGCAGUGAGAAGACGGUGAAGGUGAAAAACAGCAGUACCCAGUCACAGGUUGAUACGCAUUUCCAGCUUUAAACAUCUGGGCGCCGUUGGGCUGCGGGUCAAUGGCAUGCACGGAGCGUAGGACCCUUUUUCCUGGGACCGGCUGUCAACCGUGAAGCGCGAAAACAAAACAAUUCGGAACAUUUCUCCUCCCCCCAGAAAACCCAGGUAAUUAAUGUCCUCUUGUACCCUUUCCACACCACAGCGAAGAAUUCGCAGUUUUCACCUUGCUUUCUGCGUGGAAGGAGCGUUGAAAGCUGUGAAUGCGAACGGUUGGAAACAUUCGUACACAUGCCGACUGUCUCAUGCCGUCUGGUGUGUGACAAUUUUUGACUGCAGUCUUUUUGGCCUUUCCUUGCUGGUAUUCUACAGCUGGUGGAAAGAAAAUAGCGACCACUAAAACAACAUGACUUGAUAAUUUGUUGUUUUUUUCCUGCUGGCCUGUUGGAACAAGACGUUAGACGCUUGAUACAGCUGGUGCUGAAAAGACGUUGCAUUUUAUCUACCCGUGUCGACACAUUUUGUGAUUGAUAAAUUGAAAGCAAACACACGACACACAAGACACAAUCGACACAGUCGCAAAGUUUUCAGUGGAGAAAUUAUUUGCCUUUUUCAAUUCAUAUUGCCACUGUGAGUUUCUGUCGCACGGGCUGCGGGGAAAUGACGUAGCUGUUACGAGUUUCGCUCAUAAUUAACUCGUGGCUUUGCAGCAUAAGGAGACGGCAAGAUGUGUAGCUCGUGCGAUACGCGGUUGCUCGUGGUGAUUGAUGACGUUUGAAUACGGUGUGAAAGGCUGAGCUUUUGUAAUUAUUCAGGAAUAAAUUAGAGUUAAUGCGAACUGCACGCCAUGUCGAGAUGACAUGCAUGUGCGGUGAGCCAGUGAGAAGAUGGAUUUGUUGCUGUUCAAAUCAGCAUUAUUGGUUAGUAAAGUUUGUGGUUGCCCGAGCAGAGUGAAAUAUUUUUAAACAAUUUAAAAUAAUUUUUCAAUGCAAGGUAUCAGCUUUCUCUUGUGUAUAAAAAAGAAUUAUGUGUACUUAACAUUCAUCCGGAAGGCGAUCUGAUUCUAUUUUCUUUUACCCAAAGCAAGACUAAAAGGCACUUGUCAAGUCACUCAACAACAUUUCAUAAAGGUGGUAAAAGCUUGAACACAGAUUGUUGUUCUAAAACGUAAAAUUGAUGCUAGGUUGUUGUUGAAUUGUUUGUUGAUUAAUUUAUUAUGGCAAUCUGUUUACAGGGUUUCCCACGGUUUAUUGGUCAGUUCCCACGAUUUUUUUAUCGUAUCCCAUAGAUGUUUGGUUCGUUCCCAUAAUGUAUUGGUAUUUUCCGAUUGGAUUUCAAUACAAUUAGACCAAAAAAAUCUGGGAAACGUCAAAAAAAUCGUGGGAACGCACCAAAAAAUAUGAGAACCCAUCAAAAAUUGAUGGGAAUACCAAUAAAUCGUGGGAAACCAUGUAUAGGCUGUGAAAUAGUAAAAACCUGCUUAAACUUAUUAUGUUGGAUACCUUCAGGCGUUUGGUAACAUCCACCAGAGGAGAAUAUAGCAUUUUAGCGUAGUGUGAUGUGUAGCAACAUGAAACAACAAUUGAUUACUUGGUCAAACUCUUUUAAUGAACAAAAACUGAGACUUAAAAUAGGACUGUAGAGCAACUAAAAAUGGUUGGCUUAAUUUUUCACGGGGAAAAUGCGCCUAAAGCUAUGCAAUUCUCCUUACAUUUAUUGAUAAGUUGCAUCGCUUAAUGUAAUUAAAUUGCCUUCCAAAAAGAUCCCUUUAAAUAAUUGGUACAGUUAUUGAAAGCGACCAGGUAAUCGUUUUAUAAAUCUAAUUUAAACUCCAGUAAGAAUGUAGAAACGGUUUAGAAAGUUUGCGCACGCAGAACAUUGCUCGAAACAAAACUCAUCCAAACCACCUUUCCCGACCCAUUGCCAAUGCAAUGCCAAUACCGAUCGAAAAGCAAAACUUCAUUAAAAUUCACUCAACCCGUGAUUGAAACUGAAUCCGAACAAUUCAAACCAAACAGUGGCCCCCCUCUACCCCUCCCUUUGCCGAUCGGGGUUUUGCACCUUGCAGUUUGAUUCUAAUCGCACACGGGGCGAUAUAGCGCGUUUAAAUUUAUUUCACUCACGUUUUAAAUGUACCCCACACAACGGCAACCGAGCCGAACCGUUCCCGUGGCACCCAAGCUUUCCCUUUGACCAACCCCCCGUUGACGUUUCUCGUUUUGAUUUCGAAUGCGGAAAUGCGGACAAAUCCGAUUCCCGGGCUUAGACCUAAUUCCGCCGUGAACGUGCGGCACACGCCAGUAGGAAGGAGUAGGUACGGGGACCGAUUUUCCACACCAACUGUGCCGUCUCUGCCGCAACGAACAACGAUGCCUUUUCCUUCAGUGACGGAUGGCGAACCAAAUAGAAAAAAAGAGAGCGAACAGAGCAAUUGAUUUUGCAUUUGCACCCCUCAGGGGAAGAAAGGUCUCGUCGCUUUUUGUUCUGCACGCAAAAGAAUGUUCUCGAUCUCGGUGCGCCAUGUGUUGCGAAGCCUUUUUCUAAGCCACACCAUCGAGUGGAGUGAGAAGCAUUUCUAGUGAGGUGAAAUGUUAUGACUGUGCGAUUGCACUUUAUCAUUUCACUCUGCGAAGGCCCAGAGUGCACGCAGGAUCGCAGACACCACCACCAUCUCCCACUGCUCGCUUGGCAUUGAAACCAACCGCCAUCCACACCCCAUUGCACACGAAUCGGUCCCAGUCGGGUCGGGUUUGGGGUGAAAGAAAAAGCGCAUAAAAAGCGCACACUAAACUUUAACGCUCCCGUCAGGUUUCCCCCAUUAUCCCUUGUAGGCUGCAUGCAUGUGAUGGGGUGCAACACAUGCACAAAAGGAACUACCCCGCAAGCGAUGCACUAGCGACACGGGCGACAAUGGCGUUCGAUUCGACGACAAUUGCAUGGACGUGCUCAGUAGCGCCGCCACACAUGCCACACACACACACACACACACACACACACACACACACACACACACACACACACACACACACACACACACACACACACACACACACACACACACACACACACACACACACACACACACACACACACGUCAUCGCAUUUCCAUUCGGCAAUAGAGGGAGGGUUUGUGGUUCGGGAGGAAACUCAUUGUCAACCACCUUCACACCCCAUUCCUUGCAGCCUAUUGUGUGCUUUUGUGCGCUUUGCCACUGUGUUACCCGUUACCGGGCUGAAUUGAAAAUGGCAACCAUUCGUGCCACUCUCCCCCUCUACCCCGGAACGGAACAAUUGAAGCGAGAAAAUGGAAAAUUUCGAUUAAUUGCUUUUCUAUGCUGCUGCUGUUGCUGUUGCUCUUUCUGCCAGCUGCAGCCAGAUGGACGGCUCUUUUCACAGACACGCUCCGUUCGUGUGUGUGUGUGUGUGUGUGUGCGCGUCUGGGUGUUUCAUGUUGUCAAACGAUAAAUUACGAUCGUGUAGACCACAGAGCGCAGGGCACCCGUCCAUUUUGUGCCCGGGAGAUAGAAUGACACAGUGUCAGAUAAAUAAUUAGGUUUGUUUAAUUUACCGUCAGUCCCCUUUCCCCCCCCCC